UGCAUAAAUUGUAUUUUGAACCAAUUAAUGGCAUUGAUGUUGAGAACUGUAGGUAUAAAUACGAUGUUUGUUAAGAAUGAAGUAUCAUUCGAUCGCUUGCUCUAUUCAAGCGAUUAAAACAUAAAUAAAAUGAAAUUUUUCGUUAUCGCAUUCGCCAUUUUGGCAACAGUUUGUGGGGAAUACUCUAAUGAGUAUCAAAUUCCUCAAGAUGCUGGCCUUUCUGUAGAGGAAAUCGCUUACCAAGCUCCUGCCAAUGAAUACUUGGCCCCAGAAGCACAGAUUACUUCAGGAGUUCUCGCCGAUGAUGGAUACCGUUACAAAACCGUGCGCAAGUUGCGCCACCGUCAACGUCGUGAUGUCAGUGAACUCAUCCAAUACUUGCCUCCUACUCAAGAAAUCGCUUAUGAAGCUCCAUCCAACGAAUACUUAGCACCAAUCGCUCCCAUCGCCCCAGAAGCACAAAUUGCUUCAGGAGUUCUUGCUGAUGAUGGAUACCGUUACAAGACCAUUCGCAAGCUGCGCCACCGUCAACGUCGUGAUGUCAGUGAACUCACCCAAUACUUGCCUCCUAGUCAAGAAAUCGCAUACGAAGCUCCAUCCAACGAAUACUUGGCACCAAUCUCCCAAGAAGUACAAAUUUCUUCAGGAGUUCUUGCCGAUGAUGGAUACCGUUACAAGACCGUUCGCAAGUUGCGCCACCGUCAACGUCGUGAUGUCAGUGAAAUCACCCAAUACUUGCCUCCUAGUCAAGAAAUCGCAUACGAAGCUCCAUCAAACGAAUACUUGGCACCUAUCUCCGAAGAAGUACAAAUUUCUUCUGGAGUCCUUGCCGAUGAUGGAUACCGUUACAAAACCGUCCGCAAGUUGCGCCACCGUCAACGUCGUGAUGUCAGUGAACUCACCCAAUACUUGCCCCCUGCUCAAGAAAUCGCAUACGAAGCUCCAUCCAACGAAUACUUGGCACCAAUCUCCCAAGAAGUACAAAUUUCUUCAGGAGUUCUUGCCGAUGAUGGAUACCGUUACAAGACCGUUCGCAAGUUGCGCCACCGUCAACGUCGUGAUGUCAGUGAACUCACCCAAUACUUGCCUCCUAGUCAAGAAAUCGCAUACGAAGCUCCAUCAAACGAAUACUUGGCACCAAUUGCUCCUAUUGCUUCAGGAGUUCUUGCCGAUGAUGGAUACCGUUACAAGACAGUUCGCCGUUCACGUCAUCGUCGUGAUGUCAGCGAAUUGGCUUCAGCUCAAUACCUGCCUCCUGUUCAAGAACAAAUACCCCAAACUCCAAUUGUUUCAAUUGCCCCUGUUGCCGAUAUUCCAGUUCUAAACAACGAAUAUUUGGUUCCCGUUGAACAAAAUCAGAACAUUUUGGCCGAUGAUGGAUACCAUUAUAAGACUGUCAGACGGUUUAAGAUUCGCCGUCAUUAGAAUAAGUGUUGA